UACUUUCCAAAAAUCCACUUCCAAGUUUCCGAAUAUAAACCAGAGAUUACAAACAGCUCCGACUCCAAAUUCCCAUGGAUGAUGAGCCAUGGAGAACAUAGGGAUACCUCCCCCACCCCAUGCAUCUAUCUUCACUCCCUUACUCAUUUCCAUGGUUGGUAUAUUGGGUACAUCUCUAGUAAUAGUAGUAUACCAUCUCGUAAUCGUGAAAUAUUGCCUGAGGCGCCAAGCAGAUCCUAGGCCAUUGUUAUCCGCCCCACGUGCCCGAUUGUCUACCGGAGUGGAUGCAAAGAUCCUAGAAACAAUCCCGAUUCUUUCUUACUCAAAGAAAAAAGGCUUGCUGUUCCAUGCGGAUCAAAGUGAAUGCGCUGUAUGCUUAGCAGAGUUGGAGGAUGAUGACAUAGUCCGCUUGUUGCCUAGUUGCCACCACGCUUUUCAUAUCACUUGCAUUGAUGAGUGGUUCGUUGGACAUACCAACUGCCCACUGUGCCGCUCACCAGUGACCGCAGUUCUAUCCUUGUCUGAUGCUAUUGAAGAAGGAAAUGGGUUUAAUCGGCCUACAGCUCAAUUUCAACAUCAAAGAAGUAAUGGUUCUGAUCUGGGUCUGCAGCUUCGCCAUUGUGAAUCAUGUGUAUUGCAUAUGGAUGGGAAGCCGAGGCCUGUGAUGGCGGGGUUGAAGAGAUCUUUGUCCAUGGGUCAAUCCUAUGUUAUUAUUGACAUACAAAGAGAAAGUGAAAGAGCUUCAUCUUCUUCGUCAAAAGCGAUACUUGGGCGGAGUAGAUCGUAUAAGGCGAGGUCUAUGAGACAAUUGGAUCGAGCGUCCUCAACGCUGAGAAGGUCCUACUCCCGACUGCGCAUGGGUUUGAGUGGCAGGGCUAAUCAAAUUCUUCCAUACUGAUCAGACGGUGCUUCUCAUGGAUCUUUUAUGCUGACUGUGCUCAACAAG